AUGAAAGUUUCUUUGGUGUUGGGCUUCGUAUGCGUUACGCUGUUUUUACAAAUUCGAUUCUGUUCAGCUGCUCGUAAGGGUUCCGGAUCAUCUCCGCCUGGUAGGCCUAGACCAAGGCCUAGUAGUAUUAGUAACAGGCGUCCUAAUGUAGACCUAGGCGUAUGUCAGGCCCAAGGUCGAGGAAUCAGGACAUUGCAGAAUAAAAUCAUUCGUACUAAAGAUUCAAUCGACAAUGGAGCAUGUUUCGCCAAUGCCAUAGUUGUCGGCUCGAUAGACGAAUGUUCCGCCAGAUGUUGUAGUUUUUCUGGAGAUGACUGUGAUGGAAAAUGCGACACAAGUAUUUUCGUCCAUGAGACAGAUGACGACAACAGUGAAGAUGUUAAUUGUUUUCUUUUCGUCUGUGGUGAUGGUCAGGAUUGCAAAUUUUCCUACCAUAGUGGAUACACUACAACAAUGAUUUUGAGACACCAAGAGAGAACAGAACCACCUUCCACCACCGUCAGCGUUAAGAAGACAACAACUGCUCCUAUUAUACACACAACACAUUCUGCUAGGUCCACCACCACUGCAACAUGGGAUUUGCCAACCACCACGAAGCAAGAAAUUCAUAGGCUUAGUCCCAGCCCCAGUCAAGUUUUACCCAUUGAUGAAAAUUAUGAAGAAAAAGAAGAUGAAAAUUCUUAUAACCAUAAUUCACAUGAUUGUGGACGUUAUCGUUUCAAAUGUGGUAGCGGUGAAUGUUUUAAAUUUUCUUACAUCUGUAAUGGCAUCAUAGAUUGCAGGGACAACUCUGAUGAAACUGGUUGUGACUACACUUCAACUGUUGCACCUCUUAUUUCUACUGCUCCUGCACAUGACUCACAGGUUUGGCCUACUCGCCUGUACCCUGCUAGCACUAAAGCUAGAUCUCAGCAAGUUCCAGACAUGAGGACUAACUCUGCUUCUGCAGGCCAAACCUUUUCAAUGGCAGGUUUUUCCUCACCAGAGGCAGCAUUAGGAAGUAAGAAAGACUUUCUUUCUAAGCAUGUUGUUGCGGAAGAGAGUAGGGAAGAUAGGGAGAGGGUUGCUAGUGGGAGGUUGUCAGAUAACCAAAUAGGGUAUAGGGUACAUCCUGCUGACGGAGGUCUGACCCAAGAGCUACAUAGUAAGGGCCAGGAAAGAAUGAAUGAGCCAGAUGAAAUCCAGGGGGGUGACCUGAGCUUGACAGAUCUCCAAGAUGAUUUGAAUGCCCUGUCAGCCACGGGGAGUAAUAAGGGUGGUAAUCCUGAUGACCAUGACAAUGAAAACAAAUACACUGGUAGAAAAGGGGGAACUUCUAACCUUAAGAUAGAAGACCAGAAUAGGUCAGGAGAAUAUACAAAUGAUAGAAAUGAAGAUUAUGAUAGCAAUGGUGGUGAAAUGUGGGUUUAUAAUGAUGAUGGAGAUAAAGAGAGUCAGCAGUUAGAUCAAGAUUUCUAUGGCACUAAAUUUGAGGAGGAUCAUGAUGAAAAUCGGAAAGAUGAAGACUCCUUGAAAGAAAUUGGUAGAGAGAAAGAAGAGAAAAAUAUGUUAGAUUUGGAUUACGAUACAUAUGAUACAUCAGGAGUUGUUGAUACAGGAAAGCACAAUGGAUAUGGACGAUUACCGAAUGAUGGUUACAAGAAAGAAGGAGUUCCUGAUUCCACAAGGGAGAAUUUAAAUUCCAUGCAACAUGAGAAGCAGGAUGAUCCUAUGAGUAGUAGACCUGUUUACGAAGCUGUAGGACGCAAACUAGACAACGUUCAACAUUUACCACAUACUCGCAAAAAUGACCACCAAACUCAAUUCAAGAAUGCGAAGAUUGAGAUGAAUCACCAAAUGAAAUCACCUGAUCACACAGUCAAUGGUAGAUUGGAGAGUACACAGAGAAGUGACAAAGGAGCGCAUGCUGAAUUGAGUCCACCCAUAUGGCAGGGUAGAAGGAAAGGUGGUUGGGAUGAUAGAUCAUUUACAAGUGAAAGUAGCGAUGCUGAUGAUACUCACGAUACUGAUAAAGGCUUGAUACGGGAUAAAGGAGACAGGUGGUUGCAACAAGGCCCAAAGACUGGUGAAAAAGAAGGCGGCACAUAUGGUGCAGAAUACUUCAACAGGGACCAUGACAGUGGUUGGCCUGACAAACAUGUAGUUUCACGUAAUAGGAAUUUAGGUUGGCCAGAGAACAUUCAUGAGGAAAGGCAAAGAAACAAGAUGAAGGAUGGACAUGUUCUUCCAAACAGACUUAAGACUACUAGUGAGGCUGAAUAUGAACCAGAUCUGGACAUUACAUCACAGAAAUUUGUCAGUAAAUGGCAAGAUAGACAAAGGAGACCUGAUCUACCUCCAAACCAAGUAUACUUACCUAAGUACAACCGACAAAAGGAACCAAACUGGUACAAUAAUCCUGACAGAAAGCAAGAAUACAGGGAUUAUGAGGACCUUGGACGUGGCGAGAAUGCACAUCAAUUUUGGAACCAGUAUAAAAACCAACAGAUUCAACAUCAUAGGCCUAAUGGUAACAAUGCAGGCUCAUCUCAAGAUUACAGUGCAAAUGAAUAUGAUACUGCAGACUCAAUUGAUGAAGACAUGAAUGAUAUAACCACCACAGAACCUCCCAAUCAUGAUCAUCAAUUUGUAGGAAUGAGUUCUAUUAUUCCAACCACAACCACUAAAUCUAACAGGAAUACAUCUGAAAAUGCCAUCACCAAAUCAUCAGGGAACAUUACAGAAGCAACAAAGAAAACUUUCCCAAACAAUAGCAAUAAGCACGGAUCCCUGCGGAAGCACUUGUUCAAGACAAAAUCACCUCUGACAGACAAACCACUGACCAGUGCCAUCUUGCCAUUGGCAUUUGGACUUCUUAUAACGGUUCUUUUGCUUCUACUGGUUGGCUGUCGCUUACGCCAGGUAAAUCGACGUCUUCAUUAUGGACGUGUUCAUUUUAUGUAUUUUAUUCUUACUGUAUCCUGUGAUCUGAAUAGUUCUAAUACAUUGUUCUCAAGCACCUUAUUCUGGUUUUCUUAG